AUUUUAUUAGUUUGAAAUUGUACUAUGUACUUUAAUUUUAAUGGUUGAAUAAAGCUCCACUUGCUCACUCAUUUCACAUCAAGUUUAAUUUGUACUAUCUUCUCCACUUUGAAAAAAUGUCAAACCCACUUGCUCACUCAUUUCACAUCAACUUUGUACUAUCUUUUCCACUUGAAAAAAUGUCAUACCCACUUGUUUUGAUAUUUCACAUCAAAUAAGUAUAAUAUGUAAAAUAUCUUAACCAACUUCUUUUACAUGUAAGAGUAAAUACAUGUCUCAUUUCACAUUGUACUAACACCCAAUUGUCCUCCUAUUCUAUAUACAUUAAAAUAUAGUCCUUUCUCAUUAGUUGUUAUCCUACAAUGGAAGACGCACUAGACGAGUAUGAAAACGGUCAAGCCGAGUCUCAUCACAUGAGGAUGGCUAUGAUGGUAGCACUUAUCAGUUCAAACUCAGGUGGUCGUGAGUACAUUGAUCGAGAGAGGGAAGAAGGCCACCGUCAUUUGAUGGAUGACUACUGGAAUCCCAACCCAACUUAAAACGCUCAUAUAUUCCGUAGGUGUUUUCGAAUGCUACCUGGUUUGUUUGACCGCAUCAUGAACGAUGUGGUGUGUUUCGAUUCUUUCUUUGCACCGAAGAUAGAUGCAUUCAACCAGGUAUCUCUUUCCCUUCAACAAAAAUUAACAAGUGCAAUAUUCAUGCCUGCAAAUGGUUGCUCGGCUAAUUCAUUAGAUCAACUUUGUCGUUUGGGGGAGACCACAAUUUUGUCGUGUCUUAAAAAAAUUUGUAAGGCAAUUAUUGGGAUUUACGGUUCUUCAUACCUAAGAUCACCCAAUCCCGAUGAUCUCCACCGCCUACUAGAGAAGGCAUCCAAGAAGGGAUUUCCGGGUAUGAUUGGUUCCAUUGACUGUAUGCAUUGGGAAUGGAGAAAUUGUCCAACGGCAUGGGCAGGCCAGUUUACUGCGUACAAGCGCAAACCAACUAUAGGGCAUGAGGUUGUUGCUUCAUAUGAUACAUGGAUAUGGCAUGCGUUUUUAGGUACAGCUGGUUCUAACAAUGACCUUAACAUGCUUGCAAGCUCCCCCGUGUUUAAUGCAGUUGUGAAUGGCUUUGCUCCUCAAGUCCACUAUACGGUAAACAAUAACUUGUACAAUCAAUGUUAUUACUUAGCCGAAGGGAUAUAUCCCACAUGGGCUACUUUUGUUAAAACAAUUAGCCACCCGGACACCCCUAAGAAACAACUCUUUGCUGCUAAGCAGGAGGCCUAUCGUAAUGAUGUCGAAAGAGCAUUUGACAUUUUACAAACGAGAUGCACUAUUUUAAGAGGUGCCGCCCGAUCGUAUGAGACACAGACUUUAGGUGAUAUCAUGCUCACAUGUAUUAUCCUACACAACAUGAUUGUGGAAGAUGAGUAUGAAGAAACUGAUGAUGAUCCGGGUACUCAAGAUUAUAGUGCUCAAGAUUAUAGAUGACUAUAACUAUAUUGGUCCACACAUUGAAUUUGAUCUUAAUCAUGAUGCCCCCACUCUAAAUGACUACAUGAUGCGACAUAAUCGCAUUAGGAGCUCUUCGGUGCACCCCGCUCUAAAAAAUGGCCUCAUUGAUCAUUUGUGGGCGCAUCACGGGAAUGGCAUGUAGUUGGUUAUGUAUUUGUUUUUUGUUGUUUUCGUGCACUUUUGCUUCAAUAAUACCACUAAUGUUUGUGGUUUUCCUUUUAUUGUUAUGCAUUAGGGAUUUGUUUCUCCUUUAUAUUAUCGUAAUCAACAUUAUGGUUUUUUUUUGUAUUUUAUUG